GUUCAACAAGAACAUCGCCAAGUCUAACAACUUCUGACUUGUGACUAAAACAAAAAAAUGGUGCAUUCUUCAAAUAAAUUGUUGUUGUUAAAUUGUAUUUUAUUUGUUUGUUUGCUAUGGAAACCAAUUUAUGGGCAAUUCGAUAAUACCGAAGCUCGUCCAUAUAAUGCACUUCAUUCAGUGAAUGACGUAUCAGAAAAUACGAACCCUAAACAUGUCGAACAACAAAGUAAUAAAAAUACGCAUGUCGAAAACCCACAACAAUCAAGCUUCCCCAAAGCGAAUUACGCUAAUGAUCAUAUGCUUGAGUUCACUAAGCUUACCGGCAUUAACAUAUAUGGUUUAUCACAAAAGUUUAAUGUAUUUUGGAUGAAAUUUGGACCAAUUUUAAAAGCUGCGAGCUGUUUUCUUGGCAAAGUUUUUGUUGCUUCAGCCCGUAUGAUUAUAUAUUCAAACUUUUUGUCUUCAAUAUUAUAUAGACUUGGUAGCCAAUUAACGUGUUUCGUAAGUGGAACUAUAGGGUCUUUUAUGGAAACGAUUAUAGAAAGAGUUGAAUAUCUUACCGAUUGCAAGAAUGGCUGUGGAAAUGUUAUUAAUAUGUACACUUUAAUGCAAAAGAUUAAAAUCCUUAUCAAGAAAUUUGCACCUAUUGUCCAAAAAUUUUUCGAAUUCGCUUUGAAAACAAUUACAGACAUACUAAAGGGUUUGUUUUCAAAUAAUUUUGAUGGUACACAUAUUUCGUGCGGUUUGAAAACUGCAUGUGGAUGUGCUAAUAACAUUAACAAUAUUCCUUUGAGAAGCGUAAAUUUGAAAGAAAUUUUUGGUGGAAAAAUAAAUAAAAAAUAAUGCAAUGCAACAACGCGUGAACAAAUAAAUCUACAGUAAUACAGAUAGCCUGCAACCUCAAAUACUGACCCAAAAUUGUUCGUAAUAAUACUCUAUGAAAAAAAAAACUUUUAUACAUGAGCAAUACUAUCAGUAACUUUUUAAGAAUCUAUUAGAAGAUCCAAGCUUCUAUUUUCAAUUAAUUUAAUCAAUUCAAGAACACAAUAAGCUGAAAUUGAUAUUUACCUAAAACUUGGGUCUUUAAUAAAAGAAUGGCAUUUCACAAUUGAUUGCAACGUCAGACUAAGUCAAUUUAUUAUCCAGAAUUCGCACACAAAAACAACCAUAUACAAACUGCCUUUAUGUAUA